AUGUAUUUGGGAUACGUCACAUAUUGCGCAUUUAAUUUGGUUAAGGCUGCGGCAGGAGGCACACAAAGAUCGGAGGAAAAACAUUCACUGUGCAAAAGGAAACUUGUUGAUUUGAAUUCUCAAGCAUCCGUGUUGAAGGAAAGGAUUGAUGCAAAUCAUGAGAAAGCAUUGGGAAUAAAAAAGGAGAUCGAUGAGGUUGAAAAACAAAUCAGUCAACUUGCAUCACCUGAAACAAAAUUAAGAGCAGCACAGGAAGCACUCUUACUCUUAAAAGAAGAAUUACAAGACGGAAGUAGUGGAUCUGAAAUUUCACAACCUAACACAGAUGAUAUGGAGCUUAUUCGACAAAAAAAUGAUGAGGUGAAUACACUUGAGAAAGAGAAAGGAAAACUUGAGUCUGAUAUGAAAAAGAUGGCAGAAGAGCUUGAAAUUCAAGAAACAGAAAAACAGAAACUUGAAAAGAACCAGAAUACCAUUACACAAGAACUUGAAUCAAUAUUAUCAGAUAUUAAAGAAAAUACAAAAAGGCGAGAAGUGCCAAAUGUAUCCAAUGAAGAGAUUACUGAAUUGAACGACGCAUUAGAAAAAUUGAAAGCAGUGAAAACAGAAAAAGAAGGUAAACUCGUAGAAGUGGAAGAGAAGAGAGAACGUCUAAAAAAUGAAAACGAUCAAUUGGUUAGUGAGUUUACAAGGAUAAAUAUGGAUGUUGGCAUGAAAAAUAGCCAAAUUCAAGACCUGAACAAUGAAAUUGUUGAUUUAUCACAUAACUUGACGGGUUAUGAAAUCAGUUCGGAAGAAUCAGAACCUGAAGAGACUGAAGUUGAUAAAGCCUUGCAGGUAGAGGAAAAUGAGGGGGUCGCUCAAUUAACUGAGGAAAUAGCCAAGUUGAAAAAAGAUUUAGAGCAAUUGAAAGAGUUGGAAGGGAAAAAAGAAAAGUUGCAAAAAGAUGUUUCUGUGCUUGAACAUCAGGAAUCGGAAGACAAAGAAAAAUUGAUGAAAUUAGAAAAAGAAAUUGAUGAAAUUCAAAAAGGAAACAAGGAAAGUGAAAGAUGCGCUGAUUAA